UUGGGAAUAUGAGGUAAUUUGCGGCUCUGAAACUCUUCCUUAUACAGAGGCAAGAAAAGUUGAGCGGGAAAGAUGAAUGAGCAGCCUCAUUGUUAAAUUCAUCCUUACAAUUUUUAUAAAUUUCCGGUCCUGAGAACAAAAGGAUAAAAUCUCACACCUUGAGAACGAAAGAAGCUUUAAAGACUUCUUUGCAAUUUGGGAAUUGCAGUUGAGCCCAGAGGGAAAAAAUGAACCGAGGAAGAGCAGCUUGGGAAGGAUUGGCACUUUGUGGUUCUCUUCAUAUGGAAGGCAGUGCGAUAAUUCAAGAAAAGGCAGGAUUGAAGAUCCAAAAUGAAGAAACAGUCAUUUUUGGUGCAAACAGACAACCCUUCAGGGAGUUCCACUACCAGGAUGCUGAGGGUCCCCGAGGACUCUGCAGUCGUCUUCAUCACUUUUGCAAUCGAUGGCUGAACCCUGAAAAGCACACAAAAGCUGAGAUGCUGGACAUGGUGGUCCUGGAGCAGUUCCUGGCCAUCAUGCCACCGGAGAUGGGGACGUGGGUGCGGGAAUGCGAACCUGAGACCAGUUCCCAGGCAGUGGCCCUGGCUGAAGGCUUCCUUCUGAGCCAGGCAGAAGAAAAGGACCAAGGAGAGAUGCAGUUGCAGGUGGAGGCGUCCUUCCUGGGGUUAAUCACCGAGGUUCCUAAGGCCAGAAGGGAUCCAGUAAAUCUUUGUCAGGACAAUUUCCUUGGGGGAAUCUCUCCAAAGGAUCUAAAUUGGGAUUUGUCACCAGAGAACGGAAUCAUAUACCAGGUGGUGUUAGGAGAAACAUCUCUUUCUGGUGAAACUGAAACCAAUGUUGGGCUUCCAGGGCAGGGUACCAUAUCAUUUAAGGAGUUGUUUGUCUUCUUUACCGAGGAGGAGUGGGACCUGCUUGAUCCCAAACAGAAAGCUUUGCAUGGAGAAGUCAUGCUGGAGACCUCCUGGAAUGUAGCUUCUCUGUGUAAGAAAUCCCCUAUCCAAAUAUGGUGUUUUGUAAUUGGAAGCCAUCUGUUUUAG